GAGGUGCAGGGAGGGGUUCAGGAGGAAGCAGCGAGACUAGUGCCAGACCUGGACCUGGAAGCGCUUCCGGGGAGGAUUUGGGGGGCAGAGGUGGGCGUGGGCGUGUCUGGCAUGGGAUGCCGUGGAGAGGAGGGGGCACUCCUGGGCAGAGCUGCGGGUCCUCCCUCGGAGGAAUCCUCCCCCCGUUUGCCCUUUGACUUGCUGGAGAGCGGUUCCCCAUGGUCUCUGUUCACGUUCCGGGAGCUUUCGCUUUGGGUGGGCUUAAUCAACUACUUCCUUGCAGAGCUGCCCGGGGCCUUUUCUGAUACUGGGCAUAAACGUGGGGAAUAUGUCAGAAAAGAGGAAGCCGCUGCUGGGCUUCAUGGGCAAACUCCCCAGUGGGGCUGCCCUUGGGAACUCCGGCAAGACGCACUGCCCUUCGUGCAUGGGGCUUUUCCAAGCCCCCAGGCUCCUGCCUUGUUUGCACACAGUUUGCACCACCUGUUUGGAGCAGCUGGAACCCUUCUCAGUAGUGGACAUCCGAGGGGGAGACUCUGACACAAGCUCUGAGGGGUCACUAUUCCAGGAACUCAAGCCACCCGGCCUGCAGCCACAGACCGGCAUCCUCUGCCCAGUGUGUGAUGCGCAGGUGGACCUGCCCGUGGGUGGAGUGAAAGCUUUAACCAUAGACCACCUGGCCAUGAACGAUGUGAUGCUGGAGAGUCUGUGUGGGGAAGGCCAGGGCCUGGUGUGUGACCUCUGCAGCGACAGGGACGUGGAGAAGAGGUGUCAGACCUGCAAAGCCAAUCUCUGCCAUUUCUGCUGCCAGGCCCAUAGGAGGCAGAAGAAGACCACCUACCACACCGUGGUGGACCUAAAGGACUUGAAGGGCUACAGCCGGAUCGGGAAAGCUAUUCUGUGUCCUGCUCACCCCGCGGAGGAGCUGAGGCUGUUCUGCGAGCUGUGUGACCAGCCCGUGUGCCGAGACUGCGUGGUGGGGGCGCACCGGGAGCACCCCUGUGACUUCACCAGCAACGUUAUCCACAAGCAUGGGGACUCCGUGCGGGAACUCCUCAAAAACACGCAGCCCCGCGUGGAGGCCCUGGAGAAAGCCCUGGCCCAGGUCAAAGAGACAAACGGCGCCCUCCAGCAGCGGGUGGAGGCCGUGGCCGCCGACAUCCGAACGUUCUCCGAGGGCUACCUCAAGGCCAUCGAAGAGCACCGGGACAAGCUGCUGAAGCAGCUGGAAGACAUUCGGGCCCAGCAGGAGAACUCCCUGCAGCUGCAGAAGGCACAGCUGGAGCAGCUGCUGGCAGACAUGCGCACCGGCGUGGAGUUCACCGAGCACUUGCUGACCAGUGGCAGUGACCUGGAGAUUCUCAUCACCAAGGGGGUGGUGGUGGAGCGGCUCACGAAGCUGAACCAAGUCGAGUACAGCGCCCGUCCCAGAGUCAACGAUAAGAUAUGCUUCUCUCCUCAGGAGAAAGCGGGCCGGUGCCGCGGCUAUGAAGUGUACGGCGCCAUCAAUACCAAAGAGGUCGAUCCAACCAAAUGUGUCCUUCAAGGGAAAGAUCUCCACAGAGCCCGGGAGAAACAGCCCGCCUCUUUCACCCUGCUUUGCAAGGAUGCAGCAGGAGAAAGCAUGGGCAGGGGAGGAGACAACAUUCAAGUCGCAGUUGUCCCUAAAGAUAAGAAAGACAGUCCAGUCAGAACAAUGGUGCAAGACAACAAGGACGGGACGUACGGCGUUUCCUACACCCCCAAGGAGCCUGGCAUCUACAAGGUGUUGGUCUGCGUCAAAGAGCAGCACGUGCAGGGCUCGCCAUUCACUGUGACCGUGAGGAAAAGGCACCAUUCACACCCGGGCGUGUUUCACUGCUGCACGUUCUGCUCCAGUGGAGGCCAGAAAACUGCUCGCUGUGCCUGUGGGGGCACCAUGCCAGGUGGGUACCUGGGCUGUGGCCAUGGACACAAAGGCCACCCAGGUCGUCCCCACUGGUCAUGCUGUGGGAAGUUUACUGAGAAGUCAGAAUGCACGUGGACAGGUGGGCAGAGCACGAGGAGUCUACUCAGGACGGUGGCACUCUGACCAUUUCCUAGGUCAACCCGCUAACGCUGCAGCCGGCACAGCUUCAGAUCACCAGAAGACGCCGGGCCUCGAUUAAUUCUGAAGAAACGCAUAGAAUUAAACACAAAGUGCCUUGUCUAGGUGCUCGAGCUCAAAUACUUUUUGUGAGUUAUUCACUGAUUGUAUGUGUGGACGGUUGAGCACAAGACGCCACCACUAUAUGUCAAAGGAGGCUGUCUUCUGUCUGUAUGGGUAUGAAGGUACCUAUGCCCUUAAACUUCGAGAUCACGGGGACAGUGUUGUUACUCUUGUCACUAGCUAGUUAAUAAGAGGCAAAGAGCAAAAGGGAGGCCAGACAUUAUAAGCAUGGCCAUCUGGGCGCUUCGCCAGGAAGCUGCAAUUUCACACUCUCCAGGGGACCACCGUUCCAUUCACUGCAGAUCACUGGGCAGAGGGGAAGAUGGACACAUACACAAUAAAGUCGGGGUGAUGUAGGAAAGAUGCUUGCCUGUCAGUCAAACCUAGGAGCAGGAUCAUUGACUAGAGGGUGAAAUCACUAAGUGCACAAAAUAUUAAGGUUAAAUUCCCAAAAGGAAUUCUCUUAUUCCUCUUGUUUCUUUUGCUUCGCUCCUGCUUCCCUGCACUUUCCCGUGUUCCCCCCAUUGCCAUGUGGCCCUAGCCAUGCAGACCCACAUGCAGUGGACUGCCACUGGGAAUACAGCUAAGCAGCCUGAUGCUGGAUUGGUCUGUGCAGAUAUGAAGUGGAAUCCUGGCCACUGGCUUUAAUCCUUGCUCUGCUGAAGACAAAAUGGACUUUUUUAAUGGCGGGAUAGAGGGAGAUGGGACCUUGGAAACUCAGGGGUUUGAUUCUACGCUAGUUAGUAUCACUCAUUCUCCCAUGCGAGUCUUAAAAAAUUCCUUUCUUGCAAGAAGCCCAUUUCCAUUGGCAACCAGUGGGGACAUGGAGGACACCCCACUGAUAACAGUUUGGUUCCUUACUUUUUGGUAAUUAACCUUUUUUUAUUUCUCCCUGAGGUACAUUCUAUAUAGAUAUUUUCCACAGAAUAAACACCUCCUUUUACCGUAUCCACUUUCACUAGCACAAUUUCAAUGGAUUGUAAUGUGAGCUUGCUGUUUAGAUGGAAGUCCCCUUCCCCCCUCCCCCGUACCACGUUCAUCUCGUACCCCCAGAGCCUAGAAGAUGACUACUUGGUAAGGGCACACAAGUAGGAAGUAGAUAAAGGGAAGUGGUGUUGAAAUAGAACCUCAUACCUUUACUGCAGUCCUGUUCCUGCCAGGCGAUCAGCUUCUGCUCAACACCUUCCAAUGGGUUCCCAUGGCACUCAGAA